AUGAAUCAAGACUACCUAAUGAGCGCAAUCAGUCGAGCCGACUUUCGGUCAGCCCUUCAAGCAUAUCCGACCUUGAUAUCGCCGGAGCUCGCAGCGCUCGACGGGUCGCGCUAUGAAAGCAUCCCGAACAGUCUGGCAUUGCAAGUCUCCAAAGGCGGGAUUCCGUCUCUGUCACGUUCGCAGCGCCAGGUACUGCAAGACUGGACGACCGCUCGUAGCUCCAAUCGCAGUGCGGCUCAAGCUUUUGACAAGGAGGUCAACGAGCGCCUGAUGAACAGCGCCUUCAAGCGCGUUGGGCAGUCCGUAUCAGAGUACGGCAUGAAGAAAUCUCUCCAGGAUCUCAAAGGGGUCGGCAUGGUGCACGCAAGUCUCCUGUCGAGCGUGUGCAGGCCGAAGGAUGUUCCGUUCUUCUCGAAGGAGUUCUAUUCUGUUGAAGAGUAUCUGGUGAUUUUGAAGGAGGCGCAAAGCUUGAGGGGCAGACUGGGAGAAGAUGUGGGCAUGAUGGGGACUGAGAAGGUCGCGUUUGUGCUCGUGAAAUGGGGCAAGGUUGCUAGUGGCAAGAGGGAAGUCGCGGUUGGUGAGGGCAGUGAAGAUGAACUGUCAUGA